UCUGGUAGUUUCCAGGUAGCAAUUUCCAUUUACUCUCCUUCCUAAAUCCUUCCUCCCUAAACACCAACAAUACAUAAAAAGGGUUCAGAGUACCACCCACUAGUACUCUCUUCUCUUUCUCUCUGUACUUAAUGGUGUGUCACGAAAACCAACACAACCAUUAUUGAAAUGAAACACAAACAAGCGUGCGUCCAAACGUGAAAACAAACAAACACACACCAAUUUUCCAACCAACCCAUGUGUUCCACCACCGCCAAUUCCCGAUCCUCCGGAUCCACCACCGCCCACUGGCUCUCCGACGCAAUCCACGGCGGCCCCCUCCGCCUCGUCGACUUAGAAACCGGCACCAACGGCUGGGCCUCCCCUCCCGGCGACGUCUUCCACCUCCGCUCCGGCAACUACCUAACAAAGAAGCACAAAUCCCCCGCCGGCGACUACCUCCUUUCCCCUGCCGGCAUGGACUGGCUCAAAUCCCCGUCCAAGCUCGACAACGUCCUCGGCCGCGCCGACAACCGCGUCACCCAGGCGCUGCGUCGGGCACAGUCGAGAGGUGAAUCAAUGAAGAGCUUCGUCUUCGCGGUGAACCUCCAGGUCCCUGGAAAAGAGCAUCACAGCGCGGUGUUCUACUUCGCGACGGAGGAACCGGUCCAUCCCGGUUCUCUUUUGGGACGGUUCAUCGACGGCGACGACGCGUUUCGGAACCAGCGGUUCAAGCUGGUGAACCGGAUCGUGAAGGGGCCGUGGAUCGUGAAGAAAGCGGUGGGGAACUACGGCGCGUGCUUGCUCGGGAAGGCGCUGACGUGUCACUACCACCGUGGGCCGAACUACUUCGAGAUUGAUGUCGACAUUGGGAGCAGCGCCAUCGCGAAUGCUAUCCUGCGCCUGGCGUUGGGGUAUGUCACCACCGUGACUAUUGAUAUGGGGUUUGUUGUGGAGGCGCAGACGGAGGAGGAGCUGCCGGAGAAGUUGAUCGGAGCUGUUAGGGUUUGCCAGAUGGAGAUGAACUCCGCCACUAUCGUCGAUGCUCCCAAGAUUGGAUUCGCCAAGGUCAAUCAUGUUAGUGCCAGCGAUGAAAAUUAAUUAAUAAAUAAAUAAUUAUUUUAGUUUAUUUAUUGACAAAAAAAUGUUAGGUUCUUAGAAUCUGCUUCACUCACACCUUUCUGGGUUUGUGUGUAAUUUUAGGAUCUUGUUUUUUAGGGUUGGUAAAUUGAGAGGAAUAAAUAUUCAUCUGAAAUUGGGUUCUAUUGCAAA